CAUGCUCGUGGUUUAUCAACGGUACUACCCUGUUUUUCUGUGGCUGCACAGGAAGUGGAGUAAUUACCACAAACAGUAUAGUGUCUUUCGAAAGGCUGGGGACAAGGUUCGUCGCGCCGCAUCACAGAUACUGUUGGACAAUAGCAGGUUUUGGCACUGUAUUGUCUUCAGCCCAGAGUCUGAUCCCUUAGAUGUUCUCUAGCUAGAUGGCGCUCAGCGGCAGUGGUGUUUCAACACCUUAAAUACGACUGCGCUGCGUGAUUGAAGGCUACCUCUGUUGUGGU